AUGGGGCUCUGUCAUGGCAAACCAAUCGAACAACAAUCGAAGAGCCUCCCAAUCUCAAUCGAAACCGAUGAGAAGAAGACACCUCAGCAAGCGAAAUCAUCAUCAAAGUUUCCGUUUUACAGCCCUAGCCCAUUACAUAGCUUCUUCAAAACCUCACCUGCUGUGUCCUCCUCAUCGAGCGUGAGCUCCACGCCACUUCGCAUCUUCAAGCGACCUUUCCCACCUCCAUCACCGGCCAAGCACAUACGAGCUUUCCUCGCGCGCCGUUACGGCUCCGUCAAGCCCAACGAAGCCUCUAUCCCUGAAGGCAGCGAGUGUGACGUUGGACUCGACAAGAAGUUCGGCUUCUCUAGGCAGUUUGCUUCACACUACGAGAUUGACGGUGAGGUGGGUCGAGGGCAUUUUGGGUAUACUUGCUCUGCUAAAGGGAGAAAAGGCAGCUUGAAAGGUCAGGAUGUGGCUGUCAAAGUUAUUCCCAAAUCCAAGAUGACUACGGCAAUUGCAAUUGAGGAUGUGAGAAGAGAAGUAAAGAUAUUGAGUGCUUUGACUGGUCACAAGAACCUAGUCCAGUUCUAUGACGCCUUUGAAGAUGAUGAAAAUGUUUACAUUGUCAUGGAGUUAUGCAAAGGCGGUGAACUCUUGGACAAAAUACUUCAAAGGGGAGGCAAAUACUCAGAAGAAGAUGCUAAAAAAGUAAUGGUUCAGAUUCUUAGUGUAGUAGCCUACUGUCACCUUCAAGGCGUUGUUCACCGUGAUCUUAAACCUGAGAAUUUUCUCUUCUCUACUAAAGAUGAGACUUCUCCUCUAAAAGCCAUCGAUUUUGGUCUCUCUGACUAUGUCAGGCCAGAUGAGAGGUUGAAUGAUAUUGUUGGAAGUGCUUAUUACGUGGCUCCUGAAGUGUUACAUCGUACAUAUGGAACUGAAGCAGACAUGUGGAGUAUUGGAGUGAUUGCUUAUAUACUUCUCUGUGGUAGCCGACCCUUUUGGGCCCGCUCUGAGUCUGGAAUCUUCCGGGCUGUUCUUAAAGCCGAACCUAAUUUCGAAGAAGCUCCUUGGCCAUCUCUCUCACCUGACGCUGUAGAUUUUGUGAAGCGUUUGCUGAACAAAGAUUACCGUAAGAGACUAACUGCUGCACAGGCUUUGUGCCAUCCGUGGCUGGCUGGUUCACAUGAAUUAAAGAUACCAUCUGAUAUGAUCAUAUACAAACUCGUAAAAGUGUAUAUAAUGUCGUCUUCUUUGAGAAAAUCGGCUUUAAUGUCUCUUGCCAAAACGUUAACUGUACCGCAACUAACUUAUCUGAGGGAGCAAUUUAAUCUGUUGGGACCAAGCAAAAACGGAUAUAUCUCAAUGCUAAAUUACAAAACAGCGAUCCUGAAGAGCUCGACAGAGGCUAUAAAGGAUUCUAGAGUCUUGGAUUUUGUAAACAUGAUUAGUUGUCUUCAGUACAAGAAACUAGACUUUGAAGAGUUUUGCGCUUCGGCUCUAAGUGUUUAUCAGCUAGAAGCAAUGGGGACUUGGGAGCAACACGCACGGCGUGCGUAUGAGUUGUUUGAGAAGGAUGGGAACAGAGUCAUCAUGAUCGAAGAACUUGCUUCGGAACUUGGACUCGGUCCAUCGGUGCCUGUUCAGGAAACCCGAGAGGAGCUCGUGAUCAAACCGACUGUUGCAGAGCUACCACAUUGUCCGAUGAAAGUUGCAGCCCCUGGCGUUGUGCGGCAAAUUUUACGUGUGGAGCUCGAGCAGUCCAUUGAUGGCCUCCAAAGCCGAGACGCAGCAUCUCUGCCUCUCUGGAUCAGCUCAACGAAUGUAGGCUUUCCUCCGCCACGUCACUUCUGUAUGCUGCCUGAGACGCUCACGUGGCCGUUCUUCAGAUCGGAUCUUCUGUGUUUAACCGUCGCGAGGAUUAGUAUUUUUCUUCUUCUUCUCCUUCGUCUUUAUCAUAGCAUUGCUCACUCUUGA